AUGGCGGCGAUUAUCAAAGCUCAAGAAAAAACUAAUACUGCGGCGGAUUUAAACGCGCCAACUAAUGACAAUAAUAUGAUAAACGAUGAAACUCACAAACAGUUAGAAAAGUAUUUGGAAAAAUAUAAAGUACCGGUAGAUAAAUAUGACCACCUACAGUUUGAUAUUAAAGGCAUACCUAUCGGAAAAGGAGGAUCUGCUGUAGUUUAUAGGGCUAUUUAUGAGGGAAAGACUUAUGCAUUAAAAAAAAAAAUCAUUGCUAAUACACCUUUAGGUUACUCAACCCUAUAUUGUCAGUGUUGGUCUUCCAAUGAAGGCCAACGUCCAACCAUAGAUAAAAUUAUGAAAGUUCUUGAAGAGUUACCAACAAAAAUAACUACAGAAUAUAUUACAAAUAAGAUUGAAAUUAAACAGUCCGAGGCGAAUAAUCUUUCAGAUGAUGGUAGCUCUUUGUCUGGCGACUUUGAAAAUAGCCUUGUUUCACAGACAGCUCAUUUCACAGACAAUCUUAUUUCCCCCAAUCCUAACCCUAAAAAUGAUCAAGACACACAAAUUACUAUUAGAAUUAAUGACGACACAAGUAAAGACUUAGUUAUUUCAACUCCCACAGCACUUAUAAAACCUUCAAAUAAAAAUGAAAGCAAAAUGAUCAAUAAUAAAAUAGACCCUCUUGAAAAUAUUAUCAAAGAAUUUGACCUAGAUAUUUAUGACUAUGAUGAAUUCACAAAUUUUUCAGAAAAUAAUAAAAAUCAAAAUAAUCAAAUAGAAUAUGUAGAAUGGAAGAAUCGUGGUCUGAAAUUUGCUCUAAAGAGUUUAAAAAUUGAAGGCGAAAGCGAAAGCGCUAUUAGAAAUAUCGCCAGAGAGGUUCGAUUAUUACGCAAUAUUACAAAACAUUAUCAUCCUAAUAUUAAUCAGUUCAGUGGAAUUGCAAAAGAUCCCCAGCUACAUAAUGAUUCUCCUUUACAAAAUGUUGACAAACCUAAAGACGAACAUGAAAAAUAUCUAAUAAAGCAAGAACAUUUUGACCUUAUUUUUAAAUGGAUUAAAGAAUCUAGAAAAGGUAUUAGAAGAGAAGAAAAAUAUUGCGCCGCGAAUCAAAGUUUUAUUUUCAAUUUAAAUCUUAAUAAUUUAGAAAAAUCGAUACUUAGUAGGGCAAGGAGUAAUAAAUCAAUUAAAUUAUCAGAAAACUAUGGUCCAUGUUUUCGUGAUGAUUUGUCUCUGGCUAAAAAUUUUAAAGAAGAUUGCGAGUGUAAAUGUUCUAAGCAGCAUUAUGAAAGACUUAUUAGGGAAUCUGAUGCCAAUUUUUCGGUAGAAGAAUAUGAAGUUUUUCAAAUAAUAAAAAGAUCAUGA